AUGCCAAAAUUCUCGAUGUCGUUGGCCGACUCCGGUGUAAGCAUCUCUACUCCUGUAAGCGCAAGUACGGUCGACCGGAUCCGCCAGAUUCACGGCAGUGCUGUGGCGAACGAGCUUGUUGAGUUCAAAACCGAGGACACAAAGUUCGGAUUUCGCGCGUCUGGCCUCGCUACAAACGCCAACUAUCAUGUCAAGAAGACGGUGAUUCUACUUUUCAUCAAUCACCGCGCAGUGGAGUCGACUGCUGUUAAGCGUGCAAUUGAACAGACUUACUCUGCCUUUUUGCCCAAGGGCGGCCACCCUCUCGUCUAUCUUGAUCUCGAGAUCGAGCCUAACCGUGUCGACGUCAACGUGCACCCGACAAAGCGUGAAGUGAAUUUCCUAAACGAAGACGAGAUCAUCGAGCUCGUUUGCACGGAAAUCCGAUCCAAGCUGGCUGAAGUGGAUUCGAGUCGCACAUUCCUAACACAAAGUCUCCUACCUGGCGUGCAGACGAUCGAGUCCGUACAACGCGAUCAAGGCGCUCCGGCCCACGAGGGAACAGGAGAGGCAACAAAAGCCGGAGCGACACCCAAAACACCCGCGACGACGAAAAAGCCCUAUGAAAACAACCUCAUCCGCACAGAUUCCAAAGUCCGCAAAAUCACAGCAAUGCUAGGCCCAGCCGCAGCCUCACCUCGCGAUCCAUCCAACCCAGGCGCACCCACAGAAACCGACGCCCCAACGAUCCCGAUCCCAGAAAAUGGCCUCCAAUACGAAACCACAGAUCGCCAACCCCUAAAGAUCGCCCUCACAUCCGUCAAGAGUCUCCGAGCCUCCGUCCGCUCCGAAAUGCACAACACACUAACAGAGAUGUUCGCAUCACACACAUACGUCGGGCUAGUCGACGAGCGACGGCGGCUCGCAGCCAUCCAAUCAGGCGUGAAAUUGUACCUAAUCGACUACGGGCUCGCGUGCCACGAAUUCUUCUACCAAGUGGGCCUAACCGACUUCGGGAACUUCGGUGUAAUCCGACUAGACCCAGCGCCGAAGUUGGUAGAUCUACUGAAAAUCGCAGCGGAAUCGGAACGGCAAGAGCACCCCGACUCCAACGGGGAAGAGGCCGAUUCCAUCUUCGCUAAUGCACCGGAGAUGAUAGCGCGCACGCUCAUCGACCGUCGCGAGAUGCUGAAUGAGUACUUUUCGAUGCAGAUCAGUCCCGACGGAGACUUGUUGACCAUCCCGCUGUUGUUGAAGGGGUAUCUGCCCGCGCUGGGGAAACUGCCUCGUUUCCUGCUGAGGCUUGGACCAUAUGUGGACUGGGGUAGCGAGGAGGGUUGCUUCCGUACGUUUUUGCGUGAGCUGGCUGCUUUUUACACGCCUGAGCAGCUUCCGGUUCUUUCGCAGACUGUUGCUCAGGACGCUUUGGGGGAGUCGGCUACGCGGGGGCAUGUGGUAGCCGAUGGCUCUGAGCUCGAGUACGAAGAUACUUUUGUUAGGGCACGUCGGGUGCAGAUGGUUCGCAUGUUGGAGCAUGCUGUUUUCCCGGCUCUGCGUGCACGGCUGGUUGCCACGUCACGACUACUGCGGGGUGUGGUUGAGGUUGCAGAUCUGAAGGGGCUGUAUCGGGUGUUUGAGCGCUGUUGA